CGCCAGGGCAGUGCUGGUCUGGGCAGUGCGCGGGGAAGCGGCGACCCGCUGUCACUGCGCCUCCCGCCGCCGACGCUGCCUGGACGGCCGCACUCUCCCUGCCCGAGACCCGAUGGGGAAGAUUGAGGUUGAGAGAGGUGAAGAUACUUGCUCAACGUCAUGCAAGCAGUAAAUGGGGGUGUGGAGGGAGGCAAUGAGAUUUGACUCCAAGCAGUCUGAGACCAGAGGAAUGUUGGAUUGCAGGAUGCUAGACUGCUUUCCUCAGACACAAUUCAUACGUCAGAAAAUGACCAUCAAGUAAGUGAAUGAUGACACUAAAUUGCAUGGUUCUUUUGUCAAAUAAAAUUCACUGAGGGGCAGAUGGCUGGGUCAUGCAUGCAGGUGGCUCUGCAGUGGAGCAUUUCCUGGAGCUUUGAAAUGAAGCUCCAGGUUGAUCAGAGGUGCGUGGCUUUAGCCCUGAGUGUCCUGUGUGUUAAAGGCUUGUGCUUCUCAGAACUUGAAAUACCUUUCAGAAGGAGGCUGUGCUUUUGGGAGUGCAAUCGAUGAUUUAAGUAGACCAAUGUGCCUUGAAAUUCUCUUAGAUCUUAGAGCCUUUUGUCUUUUCUCCUUCAGAACAGAGUUGUUCUAAAAUCCUGAGUAACAACGUCAGUUUUUACCCUUGCUUUACUUUCUUUUUCUCAUCUGCAGAUCUCCAAGUGUGGCAGCUGAUUUGUAUAUAAGAGCUGAAAUGCAAUUUUGGUUAAUACAGUCACUUGGCCUUGCUUAUGAUAGAUUUGACUUUCCUGGCUUCUUUCUACUACUCACAGCUUCUAGAAGGCCAUUUAUUUAGAUAUUAAUCUUCUGGGACCCUCAAGAUGUUUGCUUUGCACUAUUAAAGAAUUCUGGUCCUAAGGGAGGACAGCUGAAUCAUAGGUUAAAUGUAUCAUCAUCUUUCUCAUACUCAACACUGGGAGAACAAGGUUUCCUGUCAUCCUUCCAAUUAGCCGUUUAACUCAUUUGCAUAAGAAUCAUUCCUGAAACUUGACCUAUUGCCAUCAAAUUUGUGUAGAUUGAAAUCCAUUUUUCCAGCUUCUGGCUUUCAGGGCCCGAGUUUUAUUUGCCAAGUUAGCUCCUGCGUUUAGUGAAGAGGUUAUUUUUCUUUAAAGUCACCGGAGGCAUAAAAAAGCCAUAGCGAUUCUUGCAGGGAGAGUGCCACUUUGGGGGAAUAGCUGGAUUGUGUAAGGCUGGAAGCCCUAAAGAGCUGGUAGCCUGAAGUCUUCAAAGAUUCCUGAGCUGCUCUUGAUUCGUGUGUAUGUUUAGUGAAAGUUUGUUUUCAGUGCCUGUAGCUGAUACCACUGACUCUGUGAGUAAGAGUAAGCUCUCUGGAUCUCAGGUUUCCCCUCUGCAAAGUGAGCUGGGCUACAGGUUAUCUUAGGUCCCUUUCAACUCUGCACUGUCAACUUGAAUUCAUACACACAGUUGACACAGAAUCCUCAUUUUCUGAACAAAAGCAUAUAAAAUCCUGUUGCCAAUCCUUGUAUGUCAGUUUCCCAUUGGUCUUGAAUGCAAAUACACAUAUUGUAAACUAAGUAUUUGUGUUUUCUUUCCUAGACUCUCCAGAAAGAGCAACAGUAAUGGAGUACAUGAGCACUGGAAGUGACAAUAAAGAAGAAAUUGAUUUAUUAAUUAAACAUUUAAAUGUGUCUGAUGUAAUAGACAUUAUGGAAAAUCUUUAUGCAAGUGAAGAGCCAGCAGUUUAUGAACCCAGUCUAAUGACCGUGUGUCAAGACAGCAAUCAAAAUGAUGAGCGUUCUAAGUCUCUGCUGCUUAGUGGCCAAGAGGUACCAUGGUUGUCAUCAGUCAGAUAUGGAACCGUGGAGGAUUUGCUUGCUUUUGCAAACCAUAUAUCCAACACUGCAAAGCAUUUUUAUGGACAACGACCACAGGAAUCUGGAAUUUUAUUAAACAUGGUCAUCACUCCCCAAAAUGGACGUUACCAAAUAGAUUCCGAUGUUCUCCUGAUCCCUUGGAAGCUGACUUACAGGAAUAUUGGUUCUGAUUUUAUUCCUCGGGGAGCCUUUGGAAAGGUAUACUUGGCACAAGAUAUAAAGACGAAGAAAAGAAUGGCGUGUAAACUGAUCCCAGUAGAUCAAUUUAAGCCAUCUGAUGUGGAAAUCCAGGCUUGCUUCCGGCACGAGAACAUCGCAGAGCUGUAUGGUGCAGUCCUGUGGGGUGAAACCGUCCAUCUCUUUAUGGAAGCAGGCGAGGGAGGGUCUGUUCUGGAGAAACUGGAGAGCUGUGGACCAAUGAGAGAAUUUGAAAUUAUUUGGGUGACAAAGCAUGUUCUCAAGGGACUCGAUUUUCUGCACUCAAAGAAAGUGAUCCAUCAUGAUAUUAAACCUAGCAACAUUGUUUUCAUGUCCACAAAAGCUGUUUUGGUGGAUUUUGGCCUAAGUGUUCAAAUGACCGAAGAUGUCUAUUUUCCUAAGGACCUCCGAGGAACAGAGAUUUACAUGAGCCCAGAGGUCAUCUUAUGCAGGGGCCAUUCAACCAAAGCAGACAUCUACAGCCUGGGGGCCACGCUCAUCCACAUGCAGACGGGCACCCCACCCUGGGUGAAGCGCUACCCUCGCUCAGCCUAUCCCUCCUACCUGUACAUAAUACACAAGCAAGCGCCUCCACUGGAAGACAUUGCAGAUGACUGCAGUCCAGGGAUGAGAGAGCUGAUAGAAGCUGCCCUGGAGAGAAACCCCAAUCACCGCCCAAGAGCCGCAGACCUACUAAAACACGAGGCCCUGAACCCGCCCAGAGAGGAUCAGCCACGCUGUCAGAGUCUGGACUCUGCCCUCUUUGAGCGCAAGAGGCUGCUGAGUAGGAAGGAGCUGGAACUUCCUGAGAACAUUGCUGAUUCUUCAUGCACAGGAAGCACCGAGGAAUCUGAGAUGCUCAGGAGGCAACGCUCUCUCUACAUAGACCUCGGCGCUCUGGCUGGCUACUUCAAUCUUGUUCGGGGACCACCAACGCUUGAAUAUGGCUGAAGGAUGACAUGUUUGCUCGAAAUUAGGACAGCAUUGAUCUCCUGGAGGCUGGUUCUGCUGCCUCUACACAGGAGCCCUGUACAGUGAAUGGUGCCAUAUUUGAAGGAGCAGUGUGACCUCCCGUGACCCAUGAAUGUGCCUCCAAGUGGCCCUGUGUGUUUGACUUGUGAAGCUAUUUGAUAUGCACCAGGUCUCAAGGUUCUCAUUUCUCAGGUGAUGUGAUUCUAAGGAAGGAAUUUGAGAGUUCACAGAAGGAUCGUGUCUGCUGACUGUUUCAUUCACUGUGCACUUUGCUCAAAAUUUUAAAAAUACCAAUCGCAAGGAUAAUAGAGUAGCCUAAAAUUACUAUUCUUGGUUCUUAUUUAAGUAUGGAAUAUUCAUUUUACUCAGAAUAGCUGUUUUGUGUAUAUUGGUGUAUAUCAUGUAACUCUUUGAGCCUUUAUUGGUAAAUUCUGGUAUACAUUGAAUUCAUUAUAAUUUGGGUGACUAGAACAACUUGAAUAUUGUAGCAAUAAGCUGGACUAGUGUCUUAAAAAUGGCUAACUGAUGAAUUACAAGCCAUCUGACAGCAGGCCACUAGCGACAGUUUCUUUUGUGUUCCUAUGGAAACAUUUUAUACUGUACAUGCUAUGCUGAAGACAUUCAAAACAUGAUGUUUUGAAUGUGGAUAAAACUGUGUAAACCACAUAAUUUUUGUACAUCCCAAAGGAUGAGAAUGUGACCUUUAAGAAAAAUGAAAACUUUUGUAAAUUAUUGAUGAUUUUGUAAUUCUUAUGAGUAAAUUUUCUUUUAAGCAUUUGUAUAUUAAAAUAGCAUACUGUGUAUGUUUUAUAUCAAAUGCCUUCAUGAAUCUUUCAUAUAUAUAUAUUUGUAACAUUGUAAAGUAUGUGAGUAGUCUUAUGUAAAGUAUGUUUUUACAUUAUGCAAAUAAAACCCAAUACUUUUGUCCAAUGUGGUUGGUCAAAUCAACUGAAUAAAUUCAGUAUUUUGCGCUA